AUGCCCUACUUUGAUGGGGAUUUCCCUUCCCAAGGGGGGUGGCUCAGGGCUGUCACCAAGGCGAGGCAGCAGGCCGAUGGGGCGCAUUCACGCGCACACCUCGCGUCAGAAGAUGAAGGCGGAUGGUCAAUGGUGUGCCCGAGGUGCUGGUGGCGUCUCCCUGAGUUCAAAGGCACGAUGCAUUCAACUCCCUCAACCACCCAGGUCAAAUCGGCGCACUACCACCACAGCGAUGAACUGCAACGGUGCAUGCGAGGUAAAUGUUUCAGAUGUCUCUCCCCUGGCCACGCUGCGGCGGACUGUAGGGACCCGGUGCGGUGCUUCUCUUGUGGCCGUUGGGGGCAUAAAAGCAGUGUGUGCAAAGGAAGACCUUCAUCCUGUCGGCAGCAAGCUCCCCUGCCCAAGACUGCUCCUCCACCAUUCGAUGACAGCAACAUACCACCUCUAGGAAUGGGCGCGAUGGCUAGGCCCAGGGACCCCUCUAUCCGUCCUCUGGACACCUGUGCCAUGGCCUUCUCCAUCGACAACAUGGACCAAGAGCUCGACCGCCUCUCCAUGCAUGGCAUGGUGGCCUGGCUAGGGGGGAACCGGUCGGUGGUGGAGCCAGAGGUCAUGAAGAGGGCCAUCUGCCACCAUUUUUCGGGGAGCUUCCCCUAUCGCAACCUCGACAUCCACACAAGGUCAUGGCAGCUGGUCACGCACGGCGACAUUUGCAACCUCAAGUACCGCGUUCACCUAUGCCUGGAGGGCAUCCCCCUUCACGCCUGGAACGAGAGCAUCGCCAAGAGGGUAGUCGCCAGAGCUUGUGACCUUGACUACGUCGAGAAGUCUUCAUUGGACCAUGCCGACACCAGGGCACUCUGUGUCUGGGCUUGGACGCACAACCCAUCCGACAUUCCAAAGGUAACCUGGCUAACCUUGUCGUGCAGGAAAGUAGAGUUUCACAGUUCACAACCUGCUCAUGGCCGCCGAGGACUCACCUUCAGGGUGCUGGUGCACCUUGACCUGGUGGAGGACCCACCGGGCAGAGAUGGACAUGCUGCUGCUCCCCGUGUAUACACGUGGGACUACGGUGUCAUUAACGGAGAGAGGACGCCGCGCGACCGCCAUGACCCCCCGCCUGCUGACAUCCACGGUAGCCAUCGCGACAACGACGACGGCCGUCAUGGACGUUGUGAAUGCCAGGGUGACAACUGGUACUCGCGUCUCACCCACAGCCUUUCGCGUAACGCCGCUUCCGCACGGGACGUGUCUACUCCAGGCGGCCAAGUGUUCCUCCCCCACACCGAAAACAGGCACAACCAGCAGGAAGCGCCUAGGUGGUGCGGUUCCGCCCUGGGCUCGUCUACUCCAGACGCUGCGCCCAUGGACUGGCCAACAUCUGCUCACGCCGUCAACGCAUGGCGAAUGGCCUCCAGCGGCAACAGCCGGAGCAGGCCAGCAGUGGUUCCAUUGCACCAAGCUAGCCCGCCACAGCAACGCAAGAGGCCUAUGGUCCCAGCACGCAGGAGCGUGCGCAUUGCAGCCAUGAACUGGCCUAGAGGUGAUACUCAGGCAAAGGCCAGGCAGGUGCUCAUGAAAAGGCUUGGCAUCCUCGACGUGGAAGGACUCAGCCACGACGAUGUGUUGCUGUGCUACUUCAGCCUAUUCAAGGGACCACUCAUCGACGCUGCCGUGAAGGCUCUGACGGCAUUGUGUGGCCUCGACGUUGCGGCAGCGCUUCCCACUCCGCACGCUUAG